AUGACGGCUAAAGCUUUCAACCUAAACCGACUACUAGGCCUGCAUUCCCCAGUAGCUCGCAUCCCUGCUAAACACAACAACUUGGUGGCAAGUCAGGGAACUAGCGAUGACGCUGGAGGUCUCCAGAAGGUGAUCUACCUCGCGGAAGGAGCUUUAGUUGUGCUCAAGGCCAACUUGUGGGUGGCUUCUGGGCUUGUCAACGGUGCCAUCGGCGAAGUCGUGGCAAUUGUAUACGAGUCUGGAAAAUCCACCCCAAAUGAUCUACCAAUAGCUGUCAUGGUGAAUUUCGCCAAAUAUUCUGGACCGAGGAUGCAGCGAGAUACAUUUCCGAUCUCUCCGAUAAUAAGAUCAUGGAAGAAAGGAAAUGCAACUUGCACAAGAGAGCAGAUUCCUUUGGAUCUGGCUUGGGCAAGCACAGUCCACCAAUCUCAAGGCCAAACAUACGACCGGGUAAGUUGUCAUUUGAUUUUAGGCAAAAUAUAA